GCGCACCAGCGACUUUCACCCAAUUGUUUCACACAAUGCGCGCUAGUGUGUGCAGCCCGCACCUGCAGGAGCUCGGCCUCAAGAUCCAGGAGCUGGUGCCCGGAGUGGAGGUGCUCGUCAUCGGCCCUGAAGCCACCCCCUCCGGCACGAACCCCAGCUCCAACCCCAGCCCCAGCCCCUCCAGCCCCAUCACCACAGCCUCCAGCAGCGGCCUCCUCCAUUUUGACGCCGAACUGCCUCUGCGCCACCACGCCGGCGCGCAGCUGCCGCUCACCUUCUCGCUGGGUGGCGGCGCCAGCGCGGCGGACUGCGUGCUGGCGGCAGCCGACCCCAGCGCCGGCCUGGCGGCGGGGCUGGGGUUGAGCCCCGUGCUGCUGGUCAGCGGCGUGCACCGCGGCCCCGCGCUGGGAGCGGAUUUGGCCGGCGGCUCGCACCCGGCCCUCGCGCUCGCCCGCCACGCCUCGCUGCUGGGCUUGCCCUCCAUCGCCGCCUGCCUCGCCACCCCCACCCCUAGCGCACCCCUGCAACCCGCCGUCGACGCCACAGCAGCCCUGGUCGCCGCCGCGGUCUCGUGCCUGCGCCGCAGCGGCGGCUGGCCGCGCGCGCGCAACAUGCCGCGCUCGCACUUCCCCUUCCCCACGCGCGGGCGCUGGAGCCUGGGGCGAGAGGUGCCCAUGCCCAGGGCGGUGCGGGACGCGGCGGCGGCCGAGGCGGCGGCGGGCGGCGGCGUGGGUGCGUUUGCGGCGGCUGACUGCUGGGCACUGGGCGAGGACAGCGGGUUUUGGGCUGGAGGCAGCGGAAGAGGCGGGGGGUCCGGCAGGGGUCAGGGCUUGCGUGAUACGCAGUCGGAAGGGAGGCAGGCCGGGGCGGCAGGGGAGGCGGCAGUGGAGGCGGCGGUGGAGGCGGCGGUGGGCGCUGAGGCAAGGCAGCUGCUCCGCGACGCUUUCGCGGAGGGCGAUGUGCUGCUGGUGCUGAACACGCCGCCCACCUGGCCGGCUGUAGCGGCGGCAGCGGGCAGCAAUGGCAGUAGCAGGGGCGGCGGCGGCAGUAGCAAGGCAUUCGCGUCGGCGCGGCCGGGCGUGCUGUGGCCCUGCUACCAGGUAGAGCCGCGCGGUGUGUCAGCCCCGGUGUCGUACCCCUCCACAACGAGGCCUGGAGGCGCUGACGGCCGCGGCAGCAGCAGGGGCGGGAGCAUUAGCCGUGCAAGCAGCAGCGACGGCAACGGCGACGGCGACACUGCAUCGGUGUCGUGGCGCGUGCAGGAGGACGACCUGUACGGCAGGAGCCUGCCGCGUGCCGACUUCGCCACCAGGCACGACCGGGCGGGCGCCUUCGUCGGACAGGACAACACGGCAGCGCUGGUGUCAUCAACGUCGCCGGUGCCGUCGUCGAGAUCGGGUUGGAGGUCAGGGCAGGCUGUGGUCGAGGGCACGGCGGCGGCAGGCGCAGGGCGCAGCAGCGGCAGCGGCGGCGGCGGCGGCGGCAGCAGCUACAGCCGGAGCAACUGGCGGCAGGCACUAGAGGAGGACAGCAGCGACGGCAGAAGCAGUAGCAACAGCGGCGGCGGUGCACCGUAUCGUCACGACCGUGGGGCUGCUGGGGCGACCGCGCAUGGGGCACCCCAGCCGCACGCAUCCACGCCGCAUGAGCCGGGCAUCCACGGCCGCCCGGCCGCUCGCAAUCGCGGUGGCUUGCCUGACGCGUCGCUUGCAGCUGUUCAGGCCACGCCUCUUCCGGUGUCCCUGCCAUCGCUGCCGGCGUCUUUCGUGCUGCGUCGCGGCACCACACUCACUGACAGCGCGCUCGCCGGUGACGUUGAGGCGGUGAUGGCGCGGCGCGCGGCGGUGGUUGCGCUGCCAGCUUGGCCGUACGGGCAUCCCUUCAGCCCUUCAGACCGGCUUGGGGCGGCGGCGCUGGCCGAGGGCCGGGAAGGGUUGCCGCUGUGGCUGGUGGAGGGCGAGGGCGAGGACGGGGGCGUGUAGGCAACCUGUCGCUACCCCCUGAUAUACCUUUUGGGGGGCAGGUGUGGGGGCCGGAUAAUUGUGUGUUGCGUGAGUGCGAGGUCGGGUGCGGUGCGUCCAUGCAGCCGGAUGGUGCGCAUCUGGCACGGUGGCACCAGGCCAGCGGCGUUUGCGUCCGCGUCACGCACAUGUGCACAACUUCUCGCUGUCACAACUUGGAUAGCAUCGGACU